UGCACAGAAUCCUUCCGAUCAUUAUUCAGGAGAACUCAGGGCGCUGUUACUUAGUACCUAGUACUAUUGGCUGUUCUCUAUCCGCAUUUAUACCAGGAUAAGGAUAGCAUAAAUAUCCAGAAGGCCGGAGGUGGGCAACCCACAUCCUGCCGCACGAUGGCUAAUGGGACUGCGAACGACGAGAACGACGAGUUCGCUGAUUUGUACCGAGGAAAUCUGAUCCCUCUUCACAUCGUCCUCGUUGGCCUCACAUGGAUCGUACAUGACUACCUUGUGACAUUGGAAGAUGAGAUACGAUAUAUCUGGCCACAAAAACGAAACAUAGGGAAGAUCCUGUUUUUAUGGGUUCGAUACUACAGUAUCUCGUUGCUCGCUUUCGACGCCAUUCAGAUACAUGUCUUUUCCAUUCCCGGAGUACCUUCUGACGACCUGUGCGUAGCAGUAAAUGCUAUCACUCGCAUCACUGGUGCCAUAGCCCUUUGGUCCGUCGAGAUUGUCAUGCAAUUACGCGUUUACACUUUGUUCGGGUGUUCGAAAAAGGUGGCCGCCAUCCACGGCUUUCUGUUUGCGAGUUCCAUUGCUGCAUUCCUAUGGAUAUUGAUUCAUAAUGUUGUGAGACAAGGUGGACUCAUUGCCGAUGCGGUCCGACUACCUCUGCCCGGGUGUCCGUCGGUUCAUACUGGGAUAGAAUGGGCCCAAUGGGUACCAGCAACUGCAUACGAAAUCGUCCUUUUCGGUUUUGCAAUUAUGAAGACAGUCGGAUUUUUGUUGAACAGCAUGAUGAGAGGACAUCGGAAAUCUCUUCACUCCAUUUUGCUCCGAGACAAUAUCCUUUACUUUUUGGCAAUAUCGUGCAUACUGGUAUUCAACAAUCUCAUGGUCGUCGGAGUGACUAAGAUACCGUGGUUCAGUUUUGGCCCGUUCCAUGCGGCAAUAGGAGUACUUACUACCCGUAUGCUCAUCAACCUGCGCAAAGCGACUUCUCGGGAUAUGAUAACGCUACAAUUCCCCUGGACCCAAGAGAACACCACUGCUCCCCAGGAGGUUACUGAGACUGGGCAAGUUAACAGUCUAUACCCCUUGACCUUUCAAGGGGUGACAGUUGAUUCGCGUGCGACCGAGAAUGUAAAUUCAUAUCAGAAGAAAUGAAGACGAGUGAAUGAAUUAAACAAGCUCCUUGUAUCGUGUAGAUCGCUAUUUGGUGCCUUCUAGUAAAUUAUUCUUAAUACGAUAUACAUGAGAUAUAACAUGAGGGCCAAAUAAGGUCGGACAUUAUGAAUCAAACAUUAAAUAUCAUGGCUACUACCGACGAUAGAUGGAACAUAUCGUCGCAAUCCUGAUUUCCCAUACGAAAAACU